CAUAACAGAAUCUUUUAGAUCAUGACGCUCCAUUCUGACAAAGAAAAAAGAAUACAGAAAAACUCAAAGUAUCAGCAUGUGAAAACCAAGUUGGAUACAGGAUCUAGCCUUUCGAAAUAUAUGGAAAGGCUAGAGGAGAGGAGAACAUACUUCAAGAAUCGUAACGAUGAAAUGUUCAAGCGGUUAAAGGAGACAACAUUUGGACAAAUGAUACUCCAGGCACACUCUUCAGGUUCAAACCUGUUCAGUCAACAGGAUGUAGGGGACACCUUGGAGAUUGGGAAAAUAGGGCACAGUGCUAUGUCAACACAGCUUAGUGUUCUCAGCUGUGCUGGAGAGAUGAGCCUGGAGAAUGAGGACCUGGCCAACAGGCCCUGUCCCAACUGUCCCUACCUGCUGCUGGACGUACGGGACCAAGACGAUUACGACCGCUGUCACAUCAUUGGUGCGCACAAUUUUCCAAUUAUCAUGCUAUCUCGAUUCAGGGGCAUAAAAGAAAUUUGGGAAUAUAAGAAUAUACCAGGAAAAAUAAUCAUUUUGUAUGAUGAGGAUGAGACCAUUGCCAGUCGGGCGGCCACAAUCAUGUGCCAGAAAGGAUUUGAAAAUGUCUUCAUGCUGUCUGGAGGUCUCGAGGUAAUCGCUAAGAAAUUUCCAGAAGGGAUGACGACAGGCUCCAUGCUAAUAUCACAUCUGUCCUCAUCCACUUCCUCAUCUGUGUCCUCGGCCACCUCCUCAAAGAAGAACUCUUUGCAGCAGAGGCAGCAGCUGCCAUCUCAGGCAGAAGAAAAGAAGUGGUGGUUUACACCACAUGACCUCUACAAGAUCCAGCAGCAGCUGGGCGAAAUCAGCUCCCAAUCCGGAGCAAAUAGUGCUGGAAGUCAACAGAGUUCUGGUCUUCAAAGCAGUAGAUCCGUGAAAUUGUCCAGCCGAACAUCAACCAUCCACUCCCAGUCGGGACCUGGACCAUCCAGAACCCAGAGUCAACAGACUUCCAAGAUUUCAAGCAAUUCACCCUCAGAUUUGCCCAACCUCACGUCAACCACCCUCUCCCAGUCUGGACCGCCCGGUGUCGAAAGUCAACAGAGUUUGAAGCUUCAAAGCAAAAGACCCUUGAAAAUGUCCAGCCACGUAUCAAACACACUCUCACAGUCUGCGGCGCCCAGUGCCGAGAGUCAACAGACUUCCAAGAUUCAACUAAGGGUACCCUGGAAAUAACACCCCCAACCCUCAGCCACACAGAUACAUGCAAUUAUAGCAUAAUCAUACAAAUAAGUGUAUAAUCAUAGCCUUGGAAUAAGCCUUUUUUAUAUAUGAACUUGUAGGGGCCUCACUUUACAGAGGUCGCCAUCUUGCGCCGCAACGUUUCAUCAACAUAUCUUGAUUUAUGUGGCCAUUACCACAUAAAUCAAUAAAAAGAAGGGAAACAGCAGCAAAAUUGGGAGACUGAAAGUGAGGAGAUUGUGUUGUGAAAGAGAGUUCACAUCAUUCUGGUCUGCAAAGGCCACCGUAGCUCCCUGACAUGCUUGGGAAACGGGGGUGAGAGAGUAAGCAAGCACUUGUAUUAUUCCCAAGGCUUAUUAGUGCCCGCAAGAGAGCUCAGGAGAAUAGAGCUGUGUGUUAAGGUGGUUCUGCUCCUGACAAUCCGACAGCAGCUCCAUCAUCUGAAAUGAAAUGAGCCAGUACCAACAGAGCACCCGUCUCACAAUAUGCAGCAGAAAUAUCAGACUUUCUGUCAUUUUGAUUUAAAUUACUUACAGAGAGCUGUUAUUGGACCUUUUUUUUGGUUCCCACAGCACACAUCUGAAGCAGUUAAUAUAAGCAGUUUACUAUUGUUGUUAUUAUUGCUUGCUUGCCAGUGCAUAUGUAUUGGGAACACUGCACUGACCACUUUAUUAAAAAUAUUACACUCACACUAAUCACUUUACCAGGAACACAACACUGAUUGGUUUAUUGCAAACACUACUGACAGUGAUUCCUUAAUUACAAACAUAAUUCUGAUUGCUUUAAUGAACAAUAUACUGACACUGAUCACUUAAGCACUUAAGUGGUCACAUCAUUAAGCAGCUUGACAGGAUACAGUCUUCUUGUACCUAUGCUGAUGCUGUACACACACACACACACACACACUCCCUCAGUCAGGUCUGAUAGUGUUGCUUGACAGCACCCAUUUUGAAAUGAGUGGAUUUUCUUUAAUAGAAAACACAAUGACUCCUAAUCCUGAAUAAAUCAAACUACUCAUUACAUUAGGUUUUAUUAUUUGUGCCUCCAAUGACUUGAUAUGUGGUCAUAACUUGUCAAAACAAAUCAUCAGUCAUCAAAACAUAAUGACUUGCUGACCAUUUUCUAUUCAAGAAUCAUACUGUGGCAUCCUUGAACAGAAAAUGAGCUGCAAAUUACCAAUACCAUUCAUCAUGAGUGGGAGAAAACGUUUUUAGAUUGCUCUGCUGGUACUGGCUCAUCUACAUUUUAUAAAUUUUUUAAGACUUGAAUAAUAAUUGAAAUGCUAAUAGAUUAUAUAAGUAUUGUUAGUAUUUUACGAUUGAUCGUCUACUGAAUAUCUGAAUGGCUUAACCUCGUGUGCGCCAAACAUCCCCACAAACACACGUGACCACGGUUACUCACCUCAUCGACGUUCUCAAAGGCGUUGAUGACAUCAUAGGGCAGGCAGGACAGCAGGUCAAUAACAAA